AUGUCAGAGGAGUAUAAUCAAGUUGCUGUCUUCCCAUCACUGCCAAGAACAACUCGAGGGCUGCCAACAGUAUUAGGAGGAAGUCCGUCGGGAGACAGAAUCCUUUACUGCAAUGGAAAUUCUGUUUACAUUUCACCUGUUUCUAGCCUCACAUCAACUGAUAUCUACACUGAACAUCCAGUAGCAACCACUGUCGCCAAAAUCAGCCCCAGCGGCUACUAUUGCGCUUCCGGCGAUUCCAAUGGAAAUGUGCGCAUUUGGGAUACCGUCAACUCAACUCAUAUCCUCAAAGCAACCUACCAAGUUUUCUCCGGACCGGUGCGUGACAUUGCGUGGAACGAUGACAGCAAAAGAUUGGCAGCGGUUGGUGAGGGCAAAGAAAGAUUCGGGCAUGUGUUUCUUUUCGACACCGGAACCUCAAAUGGAAACUUGUCGGGACAAUCGCGCCCAAUGAGCAGCGUCGAUUUCAAACCAUCGAGACCAUACAGAAUUAUUUCUGGAUCAGAGGACAAUACCGUUGCCUUGUUUGAAGGACCACCAUUCAAAUUCAAGACAACUUUCCAUGAGCAUUCAAGAUUUGUUCAUGUUACUCGAUAUUCGCCAGAUGGCUCGCAAUUCGCAUCUGCCGGUGCCGAUGGAAAAGUUGUGAUUUUCGAAGGCGCUGAGGGAAACAGGCUUGGAGAGCUUGUCGAUAGUGCCGCUAAAGGAAAUACACAUGUUGGUAGCGUGUUUGGUCUCUGCUAUUCUCCUGAUGGCUCGAAAAUUGCAACAGCUUCUGGAGACAAGUCUGUGAAGAUCUGGAAUACUUCGGAUCGUACACUUGCCAAAACGAUUAAUUUCGGAUCAACUGUUGAAGAUCAGCAAUUGAGUGUGCUCUGGACAAAGCAGGCACUAGUUUCCGUCUCACUGGCAGGAUUCAUUAGUGUGAUAAACCCAGAAACGGAAACUAUCGAAGAAGUUCGUCAAGGGCAUAAUAAACCAAUAACUGCUUUGAACCUUUCCCAAGACAAAAAAUUUUUGUUCACUUCCGAUUUUGAAGGACAUACAACUCGUUGGGAAAUGGCUACUGGCAAGUCUCAAAGAAUUAAGCCGGAACUUCACAAAACCCAAAUCGUCGGGCUCGCUUACACGACUAAGGGAGAACUAUUGAGUGUUGGUUGGGAUGAUAUUAUUCAAGUGACUCCAUUGGGUGCUGACAAUAUUGACAAUGUGAAAUCGAACUCAAUCAAACUUCCAUCGCAACCGCUUGGCCUCGCCGCAUCUCCUGAUGGAAGUGUUGCUGUUAUCGCAUGCUAUCAGCACAUUGUGAUUUUUAAAAAUGGCCAAAUUUCGUCGCAAGGAAUCGAUUUCAAUUCGACUUGCGUUGCAAUUUCGCCUAAUCAAAAACUUGUGGCAGUUGGCGGACAAGACAGCCAAGUUCACGUGUAUGAAUUUUCCGGCAGUCAGUUGAAUGAGAAGAGGAAAAUCAGCCAUAACGCCGCAAUCACUGCAGUUUCCUUUUCGCCGAAUGGCGAUUAUUUGGCGGUGACUGACAGUGCAAGAAAGGUUGUUCCCUACGCGGUUGCCAAAGAUUUUGUAAGUGCUUCGUCUUCUGAAUGGACGUUCCAUACCGCUAAAGUUAAUUGCGUUGCCUGGUCUCCUGAUGGAAUUCGUCUUGCUACUGGAAGCUUAGACACUAACAUCAUCGUGUGGAAUCUGAAAAAGAGCGGAGAGCAUCCAAUUAUCAUUAAAGGUGCCCAUGCAAUGUCAGCAGUCAACGUUAUCUCUUGGUUGAAUGAAACCACACUUGUUUCCACCGGACAGGACGCAAAUAUCAAGCACUGGUCGGUUCCAAUGUUAUAA